ACUUGUCUCGCGAAGGUGUUAAGUCGGCGCUAAAGCGGGCUGUCUUCAGUUGCAGCGCUGAUCGGCCACCGGUGUAACAGGAUUUAUUGAAGUUCCGGAUAAACUCUGUCUUUCUUUGAUAUCACUUCGAGACAUUUUGGAGUUAAGCCAUUGUAUUCGAAUUGAUUUGGAUUUAUGCUGAAAUUGGCAGCGUCCGGGAUACGGAACUUGUCAUUACUUUGGAUAUCUUUCUCAUUUACCUUUCGGCUUACCGCCAUAUAUAUGGGAUGGGAGUCAGGGGCGUUAGAAAGAGAGCGUACCGAGGAAGAACGCCUGAGCUGAGAUCUCUUUGGUCUGUAUGGAUCGAGGGUAUGGGGACACGGUCCAUUCCAGGCUCUCGUCUGGGCCCGAUCCCCGUCCUUAUUACUGCUAUCCUGUUCACCAUCAUCACGAGAUCAGUUUCUGGAAAUCAGUUCUCUGGGAAUAGUCAGUGUCGAGUUGAUGACUGUUGGACCCGUUAUAAUAACGCUCUCCAAGGAAUGGGGGAGCUUUACAUACACGACCUGGACCAGAGGUUGUCCUGCAUUGCUCUAAGGACCUAUCUGAUGUGCAUCAGACAUGUGAAGAACAUGACCGAUUCAUGCGUCGGAGACAUUAGAUUCCAUAGUGUUCAAAAAGUCGUAGAAAGUAGGAUGAAACACAACAACUGCUCAAUGCAGGGCGAAAUAUACACAGGAUCUGACACUAAUCUUGGCCCAGGAUACGAACGCCCACAAGUGCCGCGUGCUCGGAUUUGUUCGUACAAACCUCAGAAAGCGUUGAAAACCGUCCAUAGACAUUGUGGAUUGUUCGGUGAUCCUCAUUUACGGACGUUUGGAGAUGAAUUUCAGACAUGUAAGGUGCGCGGAGCAUGGCCCCUUAUUGACAAUGAGCACCUUACAGUUCAGGUUACAAAUGAUCCGGUUGGACGGGCUGGAAGUGCCACUGCCACCAGCAAGUUGACGGUGGUGAUCAAGCGCAAUGACGACUGUGGUUCCGAUCGUUUCCUUACAUAUCAAGCUCAAACCGACUACCUCCCUUCUACGUUUGAUAACGGACGUGAUUAUUUUGGUCAAGACAAAAGUGUUCAACUAACAGUGAUAGAAACUGGCAAACAUGUGGAAAUAUACAUUAGAUACAUUGCAACGACUCUCUUGGUACGACAAGUCGGCCAUUACUUUACUUUCGCAAUUAAAAUGCCGGAGGAGAUAAUCAACAAAAGUCGUGAGAUUCCAUACGCAUUACAACUCUGCGUAAAAGGAUGUCCAAAAAGUGAAAGAAUAGACUAUAAAGAAUUUUUAUCUCAAAAAAAUAGUCGGUUAAAAAAUAUAAUUCAUCAAAAACAACUUGCAAUGACGCGGGAGGAUGCAGUGGCACAUUGCCGUCAAUCGCAAGUUGUAGACUUUUAUUUUGAUUCCUGUGUCUUUGACCUCAUGACGACCGGGGACAAGAACUUCACACUGGCAGCUAACAAAGCCCUUCAGGAUGUCCUACGUCUAUACCCCGAGGCGAGCAAAGGACAUAAAAACCGAACAGAUCUGUCGACAUAUGAUUCAUACAGUGGAGUGGAUUCUCUACGGACUAGCUGGCUAGCGUCUCCUCUUGCAUUUUGUGUGCUAUGUACACUAAUUUUAACGAACUGGCGGACAUUAUGAGAAUUACAGUAUUCUCUCCUUAUUUAUGUGUGCUUAUUGUUGAUUCAUACUCCUGUGCAACUCUGGAUUAAGGUUUGGCUACAUCUCCUGUGUAUUGUGAUAUAGAAGUGUGAAUGUGCUUGGGGAAAUCCGCCACACUGUGCGACUUCUCGGAGAUUCAGACUUGCUUUCUGCUUGUAGUCUUGUCGACGUCUUUUUACUAUCAGGAAUAUACUGAUAAAAGACAAAUUCCUGGGGUUAUUUUCCCUAAAAAUAAUGUCAUGUCCUGGCAAUUUCUCUUCCGCUGAAUGUAUUUUGGAAAUUGGAGAGAAAAAAUUACUCUGUUACAAACCAUCUGACAGAAAUUUUGUCUUUUUGUUGACAAUUUUUUUCCUGAUUGUUUGAAUUUCAAUGGCCCAAAUGUUGAUUCUUUGAAUGGAAACGGCUGUAGUGCCAUGAAGCCAGGAUAUGAUAACAUUACAAUAACAUAGCUCUAGAAUUCAUUCAGCUUGGGGGUUAAAAAAACGGGUUCAGUGCCAUUCACAGCUUUUCAUCCAAAUCAUUCAUCACUUCAGCUAAGCGGCCAGCAUUCAUCAUCGCUGGCUUGAUGUUGCACACCACGCUGGCGUCUUGAUCCAGAGAAAUGGGUCACGACAGCGAGUCUUUACAAAGCUAUGCCAAAAACUUGUACAUAUGUAAUGAAACAAUGCAUUGAGUAUUUCUUCUAAACUACCAGUGCGACUCAGAACAUAGUUGGAGAAGGUUAUCUUCAUCAGCAUUAUCACCUCUUUCCUGAUCAGUGCCCCUUGUGGUGGAGCAUUGUUGUGUGACCAUGACCAAGCUAUCGAACAGAGUGAUGUGAAAGUUUCACAGGGUUGGGGUUUAGGGUUUAGCAAUCUAGCUUUCGGAACCAAAUCUCCUCGCCAUGUGACAGGAUGAGUUGAUUGGUACCAAUCUGUUCUGAUUCAUAAGUUCGUUUCAGAGGUAACUGACUCCAAUUUUGAGUUGAGUCGUAAUAAUGAAAUAACUCGCACGUUUAAUACGUUUUAUUUGAAUAUUAUGCAAAUGGAUUUUUAUUCUGGGAUACUUUUGUGUUGAAUCCUCGUUUUUUAUGCCUUUGUGUGAAAGAUGCAUCUUAGUCUGACUCUUAUAACGACUGCAUCCUCAUCUUCAGGUGGGAUAGGACAAUGGCUGGUAUGUUUACUGGUGCAUACCUAUUGUACCUGGGAAUGAGCUUGGUCACUUUGCCCCUAGUUUGCCAGAAACUGCAUUUGUUGAAAUAAACUUUGUAAUGCAGUAUGCGCGUUUAGUUUCUGCCAAAUUUCGGGCAAAACAAUCCAACGUUCUGUGGAUUCUAUCAUGCAGAUUUUGGUGUCUACGAUUUACCAUUUCAACAAGAGUGGUUAAGACGCCAUCAUCUGGGGGGGGGGGGAAUUUCUAUCGUUGUUGAUAGUCACGCAAUGAAAGUGUUGAUAUGUGUCUUUUUGAUACGCUUUCAUAGGUCAACCCAAAGAAUGAAUCAUACUUCUGCCAAAUAUUGGGUGAUAUGAAUAAAGACUAGCAAAUGCUUUUAUCUAAAACUCCAUGUACAUUUACACUACACCUUUCUGUACAAAAUUGAAGUAAAAGCAUUUGCUAGACUUUAUUCAUAUCAGCCAUUAUUUGCAACAUACAUCAUGUUGACACUGUAUAGGGUAAAAUAGCAGCCUUUGCCAAAGAUUGGGUGAAAUAGUCGGAUGUGUGCAUACAUGGAUACGUUUUUUGAUGGUUCUUUCAGAAGGACUACGACAAAGGCUUGUUUCUCUUGGACAGAUAAAAUAUCCGUCAACAGACAGGGCUGAAGUGUCUGUUGUGUUAAAUUAUUGUAUAGCUUAGAUUGUCUUAGAAUGUCAUUCUGAACACGUCUUUGAGUUGAGCUGUCUUCUUUCACAGGAGGGCGGGGUCUGUUUGUGUGGGUAAAGCACAAAACAUUUGUAGAAAAUCUUGUCAAAAUCAAAUCAAAAACAUCUCAAGGUAAAAACUAUAUUUCAGACACUAUGCUCAUCAUAUCGGUUGGGAAUAAGACCGGUCUGUAUUCAGCUGCAUUGUUCAUGUUGAAUGUGUUAGGAAUGAUAUUCUAAGACAAUUAUUGAGAAACUUUUUGUGCAAAAUAAAGAAGACCUGUGAGGGUUGUUUGUUUAUAAAUCA